AUGGGGGAUGUAGCAGAUAAAUUGGCGUAUUUUCAAGCGAUCACAGGAAUCGAAGACCGCGAUUUGUGUACGGAAAUUCUCUCAGCCCACGGAUGGGACCUCGAACAAGCCAUUUCUUCUAUCACCUCCACCGACAACCAUCGACCCGCUGCCGCGUCCGGGUCCGCCACCGCAAAUACAAAUCAAGGAACUGAAGACGCUGGCUUAGUUCUGGCGGCGAACGGCAAUAAUCAACCCCCCGGCGUUGUCUGGAAAUUGGUAACGCUCCCGUUUUCUAUCAUUUCGGGUAGUCUAGGGUUGAUUUCUGGUGCAGUUGGGCUCGGUAUAUGGGUGGCGAGUGGAGUCUUGUCGUAUUCACUCAGUAUGAUCGGGCAUAAUAAUUCGGGCCGGGCUGGUACUACUCCUUUGGUGUCAGUGUCUCAGUCCACGUCGGAUGCCAUGGACUUUGUGUCGAGUUUUGAGAGGGAUUAUGGGAGUAUGAGGCCGAAUUUUGUGGCUGAGGGUUUCAUGGACGCGCUGCAGAGGUCGAGGCAUGCUUACAAGCUUUUGUUUGUUUACUUGCACUCGCCAGAGCAUCCUGACACACCUGCAUUCUGCGGAAGAACUUUGUGUAAUGAGACAUUGACAGAGUUUGUCAAUGAAAAUUUUGUGGCCUGGGGUGGGAGCGUUAAGGCCAGUGAAGGGUUUAAGAUGAGUAAUAGCUUGAAAGCUUCCAGAUUCCCCUUCUGUGGAGUGGUUAUGGCUUCCACAAACCAGAGGAUUGCGCUGCUACAACAGGUUGACGGACCAAAAUCUCCUGAAGAAAUGCUCACUAUACUGCAGAGAGUGCUUGAAGAAAGUGCUCCGGAUGCUGCCUUCCAAGCAGCACUUGAAGCCGAUCAAGCUAGGGAGCGUCAGAGAAAAGAACAAGAAGAACGGUUGGAACGUGAGGCUGCUGAAGCUCAGCAGAAAAGGAUAGAGGAGGAAGAGGCUCGGGAAAGUGCUGCACGUGAAGCUGCUGAAAAAGAAGCUGCAAAAGCUAAGAUGCGUGAAGAGAAAGCUGCAUCUCUAGGUGCAGAACCUGAGAAAGGACCGGAUGUUACUCAAGUUUUGGUCCGUUUUCCAAAUGGAGAGCGCAAGGAGAGAAGGUUUCAUUCUACAGCAACUAUACAAACACUGUACGACUAUGUUGAUUCUUUGGGUUGCUUAGAAGUCGAGAGUUACAGCCUCGCGUCCAACUUUCCUCGCACUGUCUAUGGCCCUGAUGAGCUUCCUUUGUCCCUGAAAGAAGCAAAAUUACAUCCUCAGGCGAGCCUUUUCGUUGAAUCAAAUUCAUGA